GUUGCUGCUGUCUGGAAACUGGGUGUGUGAUCCGGAGUGGCUGAUGGAAUUGCUUGCUGUCUUUGCAUUGGCUGACGGCACAGCAGCACUGCUCCAUGUAUUUUUAGCCAUUGAUGCAAUUCAUAUUGCGGUGCGAGUGAGUCGACUCGAUCCACAGUCCCAGUUGGCUACACAGGAGUUACAGGGGGGUAGCUGCAAGUGCAGUGCUGGGGGUUUGCGGCAUACACCGAAGGAGAGUGGGGGAGACUGCUUACACAGCAAGUCAAGUAAAAAAUAAAUAAACGGCAUUAAACCGGCAUUAUCGGGUUUUCACGGUCAGGUGCUGAGGCUGAAACCUGAGGAUUUUCCAAUAGCCUAUAGUUGUAGCUUUAUUGUUGGUCUAUUUUAACACUGAGCAGCUUUGCAAAUGGCAAGUCCCACUGCAGAUAGAGGACAACCACACCAGCGACAUCCCCUCUCCGAAUCGGCCUCGGAGCCCGCGUUUCUAGAAGCGCAGAAAUGGAUUGAGGCGGUCACAGGCAGAUGCUUCAGUGCCAAGGACUCCAGGGGAGGCCUGGAGAAUGGGAUUCUGCUGUGCGAGUUGCUGAGCUCCAUCAAACCUGGCUUGGUGAAGAAGAUCAACAGGUUACCCACUCCCAUCGCUGGCCUGGACAACCUGAGUGUGUUUCUGCGUGGCUGUGAGGAGCUGGGACUGAAGGGCUCUCAGCUGUUUGACCCUGGGGACCUGCAGGACACCUCUACAUGCCCCAAUGCCAACAGGGUUGCUGACUGCAGUAGGAAACUCAAGAAUGUUCUGAUUACCAUAUACUGGCUGGGCCGGGCUGCUAACAGCUGCACCUCCUACAACGGGCCCACACUGGACCUGAAGGAGUUUGAAGGCCUGCUGUCACAGAUGCGAAAGGAGGCGGAGGACACAGAGAGCCCUCAACGCAGCAUACGGGACAGCGGCUACAUCGACUGCUGGGACUCGGAGCGUAGCGACUCACUCUCCCCGCCUCGCCACGGCCGAGAGGACUCCUUCGACAGCCUGGACUCAUUCGGCUCACGCUCCAGACAGACGCCCUCACCGGACGUACUGGUCGCCCGCAGCAUCGGCAGUGAUGGCCGUGGCAGCGACUCAGAGUCCGAUGCCGGACCCCACGGGGGCAGGAAGCUGCCGGACGUGCGCAAGGAUGACAUGCUGGCUCGGCGGACCUCGGUGAGCGAGCUCCGAGUGAUGGUGCCCUUCAAUCAGUACCUGCCCAACAAGAGCAACGCCAGUGGCUACGUGCCCACACCACUGCGCAGGAAGAGGGGCGACCGCGAGGGCCGGGAGGAGGGCAGUGGAGGGGGUGGGGGCAGCCGCAAAAGCUGGAGUACCGCCACCUCGCCCAUAGGAGGCGAUAUACCCUUCAGAUUCAGUCACAGAGCUGCUAGUGUGUCAGAUGACCCAGAGAGUGUGAGUAUGAUUGACAUGCGUUGUGAGGAGGACGGCAUCUUGCCACACCACAGCCAGGUGCGCCACGAGCUCAUGCACAACCAGUACAACAUGAUGAAGGAAGAAGAGGACCACUGGCAGGACGACCUAGCCCGGUGGAAGAGUCGCAGGAGAAGCGUCUCCCAGGACCUGAUCAAGAAGGAGGAAGAGAGGAAGAUGAUGGAGAAGCUGAUGACGGGUGAGGGAGGAGCCAUCUCUCAGAGGAGGAAGAGCAUCAAGACCUAUCGGGAGAUCGUUGAGGAGAAGGAGCGUCGUGAGAACGACCUCCGCGAGGCCUACCGGUUGGCCCGCACACCCGAGGAGGCGGCGUUGGUCCUCCACCGCUAUGCCCAGCGCUUCACCAUUAGUGAAGCGGUGCUAGAGCGCCUGCAACUGCCCAAACUACUGGACAGGAGCGUCUCUGAGGAUCCCACUGCUACCACCAACACACGUCUCACCCUCACCCCAACUUCCUGUUCUCCCACCCCCACCUCCCCGGAAGAAGAUCCAAAUGGCCCCCUAAAGUACCUGAGGCAGCAGUCGCUCCCGGCACCCAAGUUUACCGCUACUGUCGAGGCCCAGGUGGUGGGGUUCCCCCAGGAUCCGUCUCAUCGCCCCCAGAUUCGGUCGUGCAAGCCUGAACCAAACCCCUCUAUCCGGGCUGUCUCACCCAAGUCUGUGCCUUUGCUGAUGCCCAAGCCUUACAGCCAACCCAAGGGCAUGCAGAUGCUGGUGGGACCCAGGCCAGGCAAGGUGGACGACUUGCUGCGAGUGAACGGCGACAUGGGCAAUGAUGAGGUCACCACUCCAGAGAGCGAGGGAAGGACCUCCCCGCUACUGUUCUACCCCUCCCCUGCCACGCCUACAGCCUCCUCUGACGGUUCCGACACACCCCCAUGUGAGGCCACUCUCCUACCCACACAUAGCCCCUCCCCCAGGGCAAGCCCAUUACCAGCCAAGCUAGCUGUGGCACAGGGUGGCACAGGCACUGCAGUGACAUCUUCUUCAGUGCCAGGAGAAAGUGAUGCCCAGGAGAAGGGUAAUGCACAGGAGUCUACCCCGCCUAGCCGGCCCACCUCACUGCCCUCGUCCCUACAGGAGCUGCAGAGCACAGAGAGCCUUGUGGAGGCUGGAGGCAGGUCUGCUGCAGGCCCACUGUGGGAGGAGCCCAACACAACAGAGACUGCAGUACAGCCCUCUCCAGCUACAGAGUCACAACAAGCUCCCAAGGAACAAACAGAAGUGUGUAUGAAUGCCACAGCGACUAGACAGAAUGCCACUGUCCUCCGUCCAGUCCUAUCAGAGCACGCCACACAACAAGCUCAACCAAUGACCGCACAGGUCAGUGAGCCCAGCCUGGAGUCAUCUCAGAGAGCAGAGGAAGUUGCUGCCUUGGCUGAUCCAGGACCUGUCAGAAAGAAACCACCAUGUGAAGCGCCCACAACAGAGCUGGCUAACAGUGCCAGUUAUCCACCAGCAACCGGCAACCCUAGGUUAGGCCUACGUUGGGAGUUCUUCACCCCGCCAGAGGGGGCAGAGCAGGAGCGUGGUAAAGCAGCGGUCACUCAGGUGUCAUCCCCAGUAGUGGCCCAGGCUAAGCGGGGUGACCGCUGGUCUUGGGACCCAGAUGAGGAGCGACAGCGUCAGGAAAGGUGGCAGCAAGAGCAGGAGCGCAUGCUUCAGGAGAAGUACCAGCAUGAGCAGGAGAAGCUGAAACAGGAGUGGGAGAGAGCGCAAAGAGAGGUGGAAGAGGAGGAGAGGAAAUACCAUGAGGAGGAGCGUAGGAUACUAGAGGAGACUGUGGCCCCCCUGACCCCCCUCUCCUCCACCCUGCCCUCGCCCAUCCGGGGGGAUGGCCCCACGCCCAUGGACCCCCAGGACACCGUUGUCCGGUCGCUGGCCGACUGGGAACGCAAGCAGGAGCUGCUGGAGAGGCAGGGGGGGAACACAGAGUGUGUGGAAUGGAAAGGACAAGAUAACGACAGUAGUAGUGACAUCAGCACAGCAUCCAGAGAUGAGAACCUGAAAACAGCAGUCAGCCAGAACAGCAGUCAGGCAGACAAGCUGACGCCGAGUCUGCAGAAUGGUCAGAGAGCACCACCCGCCAUGGCCGUGCCCCAGCCCCACAACAAGAAACAAUAUACAGAGGUCUUACUAGACUACACCAAACCCAGCAAGCAGGCGCCCUCUCGGGACAGGAGGUGUGGCUCCAUUGAAUCCAUGGGGCCCAGUCCAUUAAAGUCACCCACAACAUGCCCAUCCGACAUGCCUCAAUCGCCAAACAGGUCGGUGAGCGGUAAGAAGCUGUGCUCCAGUUGCGGUCACCCUCUGGGAAAAGGGGCGGCCAUGAUUAUUGAGACCCUCAGCCUUUACUUCCACAUCCAGUGCUUUAAGUGUGGGGUCUGUAAGGGGCAGCUGGGUGACACCACGAUGGGGACAGACGUGAGGAUUCGGAACGGCCUCCUCAACUGCCACCAGUGCUACAUCCGCUCCCGCUCAGCCGGCCAGCCAACCACAUUGUGACAACGUUGGGUCAAUGGAAAGCACAAGGAUUACGGAGAAAUUGUCUCCCUUCUUCCUGCUUCUCUGUAUAAUCAACAUAUGUGUGGAAUGUGUCUUGUCUGUCAAUGCCUAUGUGGGGAUUUUCGCAAUGUCUGCAAUUCACAUCCCAUCGGGUUUAUUGAAAUGGUCCAAAUAAUGCCUGACAUUGGAAAGUUGUGUGCAUAGAAUAUUAGUCAGACUGAUCAUAGUCGCCCUAUUGAUUCUAUUGGCCCUGUAUGAUCACAGCUCAGAGGUUCUCACUUCCUCGUUUCCAUAUGCACCCACAAGCCCUCAAGAGGAUGGCGGCCAUUUUGAAUCUGAGCUCUGAAACUGUAAAUAUGGUGCAUACAGUAUAACAGCCUCCAUCACUUCAAAACUGUAUAGGAAACUCAUGAAAAUACUAAUGCAAUGAAGUCCAACAAACGAAUGUGGCACUUAUUUGUUUGUAAGAAAACCCUUUAUUUUAAUUGAAUUAUUCUCUGGUAUCCAGGUUGUUAGAUAGGCCUUAUUAGUCUUUAGUUUGUAACUUUAGCUUCUAAUUUGGUCGCUAGAGAAGGUUGUCAAGAUUUCAAAUGAAAGUUUCAAGUAAUAGAAGUGUAUUCCAUUUUGCUGACUUGAGAUCUUUAGGGGUUAUUUCUCGAUGGUCAACAAAAGGCUUAGAAAAAGCAUGAUUGUUCCUCCCAAUUUAGAUUUUUCACUUAAACCACAAUUAACCCAAACUCUGGUUUAAAUUCUGGGAGUUAAAUAGUUUAGCUGCCUAUCUUCUUUCCAGGCAGCUCCAACAAUGUAUUUUAUCUUUUAUUUAUUGGAUAAAAACAUAUACUGUGCUGUCACUAGGCUAUAGGCCUACAUUACAGUAACGUUGCACGUCGGCCUGACAACGUUAUCCUUUUCUCUCUUUCUUUGCUCGAAACAAAUGUCCGCUCACAAAGUUAGAUGUACAUGAUUUUAGAGCAAUAACACAAACUGAUGCAUGUAAACUGGUUGUGGAGGUAAACAACCAUCAUUAUGGAUUUAUGCUACUGUACUAAAUCAUUCCGUUAACUCUUAACUGAUUCUCUUAAGGAAUUUCACACUUGGAAUGUCAUGAAACAUGUGCCUUAGGUAAACAGGUGAUUGCACACGCAAGGGAAGGGAACCCAAAGAUUGUAUCCACUUAAAGGAAAACUCCAUCCAAAAACCAUCU